AUGGCAACCCGUUCCCGGACAUCCUCUCAAGCCCAGUCCCCUUUCGAUCCAAGAGACCUGGGACCCCGACUUCCGUCAGCCACCCCUAUCAAACUUGGGGAAGUCUCCCUCGAGCGGGUUCCCUGCCUCCUCCUUGGCCUUCUCAGCCAAGUCAAGAAUCUCAAGCAAAAGCUCAAAGAAGUCAAGGAAACAGGAAUCAAAACCCAAACCAACGUCGAAAAUAUUUCCCAAACCGUUGAUGUUGUCAAGGAUGGGCUUCGAAGCCUCCAACUCCAUGGGCCAAGGACCCCAGAGGAAGCCAAACCCCCGGUUGUGGAAGCAACGCCACGCCCCCUACACAAGACCAAGCCUAUUGGAUUGGUUAGUGGGCCCUCCUUCUGGCCCGAGCAACCAAAAGGGCUUCCCAGCUUCGCCCAGCCAGCCCCCCAGAGGGCCAUACCCCCGCAAGUCCCUUCUCCCCUUCCAUCUCCGCGUCUCCGAUCCCCCAUCGGAGCACCUGCCCCUCCACCUCCGGCUCCAGUCGCCGCCUAUCCCGCUCCGGUCAAGGUUGACCACCCAGACGCCUAUACAGGCAAAAUUGGGAGUGAAGCCAAGCAAUGGCUCACGAGGAUGUUGGCAUGGACCCGACUAAACGCCCAGAUGUUCCCCACGGAUCAGGAGGUUUUAUCCUUCCUCCUGAUGAAUAUGAAGGAUGCUGCCGGAGCCUGGGCCCAUCCUCACCUGGAUCAACUUGGCUCUCACCGAGCCAUCAUUCAAACCGUGGAAGGCUUUAAAUUGGAGUUUCUGGCAGCAUUUGGCGACCCUGAUGCCACAAGGGCCGCCGAGCGGAAGAUUACUACUCUCACCCAGUCCGGCACAUGCGCGGACUACAUCACAAAGUUCAGAACCCUGGCAAUGGAACUGGACUGGAACGACGCGGCCCUUCGAGGCCAGUUUGCCCGCGGCCUCCACUGGGAGGUCAGUCGCCAAAUCGCAACUCGCGAGCACCGCCCCCGCACACUUCUUGAGCUGCAGAAUGCAGCACUCGUCAUCGACAACGCUCUCCGCAAAGAGCAAGCUAGCCACCCGCCAAGGGAUAAUAAGUCUAGCAAACCAUCCAACCCCGCAAGGGGGACAAGUACCGGCCAAGCCAUAACCGGUUCAAAGAAACUCUCCAACGACCCCAACUUUGUGUUGGAGGAAGAACGCAAUCGCCGCCGCGCCGCAGGCGCCUGCAUCAAGUGCGGCAAAAUGGGUCACAAGUUCGCGGAAUGCCGCACAGGCUGGAAGGCCACCCCUAUUGAGGACAAGGGGAAGGCUAAGGAAGCCGCCAAAAUUGGCGAAGACUCCAAGUACCAAUCGGGAAAAGAAAUCGCACCCCUCUUUACAAUUCCAAUACAGCCAGAAAAAACAGCGGAAUCAAUAGAAGUCCUGAUAGACUCAGGCGCUACAUCGUCAUUUUUACAUCCACGCACCGCGGAAUCACUCCGCCUCCCACUUAUCAAUCUCCCCUCACCCCGUACCAUUACUAUGCUCGAUGGGUUGAGCCCCCAGGCAGGAAAAAUUUGGAAGAAGGCAAUACUUACCUUCACCUAUGAUGGCAAAAAGAUGACGGAAACCUUUCUCAUCUGCAAUACCGGCAGUCAUGCGGCCAUCUUAGGUUUAAAAUGGUUAGACGCUCACAAUCCUGAAAUAGAUUGGAACAUGCGCACCCUCUCCUUCCCACACACUCCACCAGAACAUGUGGCCAUUGCCAAAGAAGAAGAAGCUGACCAGAACCCUCUUGAAGGAGUACCCUCCAAGUACCACCAGUACGCCAAGGUAUUUGGAGAAGAGGAAUUCAAUAAGCUCCCUCCACACCGGCACUAUGAUAUUGGAAUAGAACUCACAGAAGAAGGCCCCCUCAACUCCCCACUUUACAGUAUGACAGACGCUGAGUCCGCCACACUCAAGGACUGGCUCAGGGAUGAGUUGAAAGCUGGAAAGAUCCGCCCUAGCAAAUCUUCCAUUAGUUCACCAGUCAUGUUUGUACCUAAGAAGGAUGGUUCCCGCCGAUUGGUUGUUGACUACCGUCGCCUAAACAACCGCACCAAGAAAAACGUUUACCCGCUUCCCCGUCCAGAUGACCUCAUGGCCCAGCUCCGUGGUGCCAAGGUCUUCACCAAGCUAGACUUGCAAUGGGGUUACAACAACGUGCGGGUAAAAGAAGGUGACAAAUGGAAAACCGCAUUCCAAACCAAGUACGGUCUCUACGAAUCCCUGGUCAUGACUUUUGGUUUAACAAACGCCCCAGCCGCCUUUCAACACUUUAUGAACAAACUAUUCAAGGAUUUGUUGGAUGUAUGCGUCAUCAUCUACCUUGAUGAUAUCCUGAUUUACUCAAAGGAUGACGUAUCCCAUACGAAACACGUUCAUGAGGUCCUAAAACGGUUAAUGGAUAAUCAACUGUUCUGCAAGGCAUCCAAGUGCACAUUCCACGUUACCUCUGUGGAAUACCUGGGAAUCAUUGUCUCCGAUAAAGGGUUUAGUCUGGAUAAGCUCAAAAUCCAGGUGGUACAGGAAUGGCCGGUACCCACUAAAGUCAAGGAAGUCCAAUCAUUCUUAGGGUUUGCCAAUUUCCUUCGCCGAUUUGUUGCCAACUUCAGCCACAUGGCUAGGCCAUUACACAACCUAGUCAAGAAAGAUACACCCUGGAGAUGGGACACAAAGGAACAGGAAGCAUUCCAGGGACUAAAGGAUGCCAUUACCAACGCCCCAGUACUUUGUCACGCCGACCCUACCAAGCCCUACUUCCUAGAAACGGAUGCUUCUGGUGCAGCCUUAGGUUCCAUUCUUAGCCAACAACAGGAAGACGGCCGCUUACACCCCCUGGGGUUCCUAUCUGAGUCUUUCAAGGGUGCCAAACAGAAUUAUGACACCCACAACAAGGAACUCCUGGCCAUUAUUUGGUCGUUUGAAUAUUGGCGCAUCUUCUUGGAAGGAACCCUGCACCCCGUAACAGUCUUCACUGACCAUAGGAACUUGGAAUACUGGAAGGAGUCUAGAACUUUCAAUCGCCGCCAUGCACGCUGGCACCUCCUCCUGGCUGGAUACAACUUCCAAAUUGUGUAUUGCCCGGGCAAACAGUCCGGCAAACCAGAUGCCUUAUCCCGGCGAUCCGACCAUGCCGACGUCCCACCUGCUGCCCAGACCAUGCUGCCAGACCCCAUCUUUGCCAACGUUGCACUAGUUCUACCAGAAAAGGAGUUACAACAGCGUAUAGAGUCGAGCCUGGAUCAAGACGAGUCCCUUGAAGAAAUCCUACAGUUCCUGCAGAAUGAAUCCAAAGCGCCCCCAUCCAUCAAACGAGCAUUCAAGGACUACCAGAUGGAAGCAGGAUUACUCUUCUACCAAGGACGGAUUGUGGUCCCUGACGUUGGGACCCUACGUACGGAUUUACUCCAAAUCUUCCACAACAGCCCAUCAGCAGGACAUCCAGGCAGGCAACGGACCCUGGAGCUAAUCUUGCGCAACUACUAUUGGCCAGGCAUACGCGCGGACACAUACUGGCACGUAGACUCCUGCAAAACCUGCCAAAGGAUUAGGAAACCCAAAUACGCGUCAAUCCCACCACAGCCGUUAGAACUCCCUGUACGCCCAUGGCAACACAUUUCCUAUGACAUGAUUGUUGAUCUGCCAAAGGACGGGGCCUAUGACUCCAUACUAGUUAUCGUUGACAGCUUUACCAAAUACGUCAUAUUGGUAGAAUGUUCCAAGAAACUAAAAGCCCCUGAACUAGCGGAACUGUUCUUGCGACACGUCUGGAAAAAGUACGGAAUGCCGGAGAAAACAAUCUCAGACCGCGGAAGAGUGUUCAAUAACAGGUUUCUGAAGGCGUUGUACCAACGACUAGGCAUAGACCCGCACUUCUCCUCCGCUUACCACCCCCAGAGCGACGGGCAGACAGAACGGGUGAACCCCUCCGUAGAACAUUUCCUAAGAGCAUACUCUGGCACUAAUCAAAGGGACUGGGUCAAAUGGCUACCAAUGGCAGAAUUCGCCUACAACAAUGCAGUGCAUAGUGCCACAGGGAAGUCACCUUUCAAAGCACUCCAUGGAUGGGAACCAACCUUAACCCCUUCCAACAUUCCUACGGACGUACCAGAGGCUGACAAACUGGCGGAAGCCAUGGAAGCACAAUGGAGAGAAGUCAAAUCUGCCCUCCGGCAGUCUAAACAACGGAUGGUAGCCGGAGAACACGGAAGCCCAACAGAGUUUGAGGUCGGAGAAGAAGUAUGGCUUGAUGCAAAAAACGUUAAACUCAAAACCUUAAGCCCCAAGCUAACGGAACAACGCUUAGGGCCAUUCAGAGUCAUGGAAAAAAUCUCCGACCGCGCUUACAGGCUAGAACUCCCACCAACCAUGCGCAUCCAUAACGUAUUUUACGUAGGACUAUUGUCUAAGGUCAGAAGGGACAACAAACGGGACUUCAAGAACCGUCCACCACCAGUCACCGUGGAUGGGGAAGAAGAGUACGAGGUCAAAGGAAUAACGGAUGCAGAGGAACGCAACGGAAAAUGGUUCUUCCGGGUCAAAUGGAAGGGCUAUGGCCCCAAGGAGAACACAUGGGAACCUCGAGAAAAUCUGAAAAAUGCAGGGAAAAUUUUGAAAAAGUACAAGGAAGACAUGAGAAAGAAGGCCCUUGGCGCUGCCAAGGCCCUUAAGGGGGGGGCAGUGUCGUAG